AUGAAGGGUUUUGCGGUGGCUGCAGCAAUGAAGAGCUUGGCAAAGAAUGUUUCGGGACGAAUACCGUUGAAAUACAACGUUGGAUCAUACCAGUUUGGAGAGUGGCGUGAUAAGAGAGGACAGAGCGCAUCCAAAAACGGAACGAGCGUGAUGGAAAUGGAAGCGAGCAACGAUUUAAUGGCAGAGAAGUCGAAAGUGGCGACAAGACAGUUCAAGUAG